AUGCAUCUUGUGAUAUUUGUCUUACUAUUAAUAUCAUGUGCAUGUGAUAUAAAAGUUUUCAUAGAUCAAAUAAAAGGACAAUAUAAUAUUAGUAUUGAUAAUCAAAUAUGGUUUCAUUCAUCUCGUACUGCUCUAUAUGUUAAUAAUCGUUGGUAUUCAUCUAAUGAUAGUACUAGUCCUUUAAUCGAUACACGUUUGGUACAAGAUAAUGAUCCAAAUUUAGGUAAUUCGAAUGAAACUCAAUUGAUUUAUAUUUUAAAUCGUAAUGGAAUAAUUAGUAAUAUAACUGGACGUAUUCGUCAAUGGAAUUCUCAAUCGGCACUAACAUUUCAUUUAGAUACUGGUGAUAAAAUUUUAAUGAAUAAUAAACUUCUUGAUAAAAAUCAAAUUCGAACAAUAUUUCCUUCAUUUAAUAUUGAACAAAUUGAUGGCAAUGAUAAUCGAGGUUAUUUUACAUUUCAAGGUGUAAUGAUGGGUUUUGAUAGUCAACACGCUGGUAUUUGGAAUUCAUCUAGUGAAAUUAUAAGAAAUUCUUUAGAAGGUAGUCCAGUAGUUCUAUUUGAUUUAAAUAAAAAAGGACAAGGUAAUGUUGUUAUUAUUUCAUCAUUUUCUCAAUUUAUGGCAACAUCAUUAAAUCAACAAGAUAAUAUAUUGCAAUAUGGUGUCAUGGAUUCUAUGAUAACUAUACCGUGGUAUUAUAAAGCUAUUGGUGGCGGUGUUAGUCAAUGGAAAUCUCGUCGUGAUAUUUUUCCUGAUGGUCUUCCAACACUAUAUCGUCAAAUGGAAAGUAUACCUCUAGCAGCACAUAAUCGAUGUUGGGCUCCGGAUACAGUCUAUUUUGAUAAAUAUGCUCUUCUUAUUGAUAAUAUUAAUCAAUUGUCUCUUCCAAUAGGAAAUGAUUUAUUUCGGAUUGAUUUAUUAAGUGAAGCAGCACAUGAUUGCGGUUUAAUUAUGUAUGAACAAGAUUGGUUACAUGUUCAAUCUUCAAAAUUUAUUCCAUUACUUACUGAUAUUGAUCUUGAUCGGCAAUCGUUAAUGUCAACGAGUGAAGGAGCUGAUAAAGCUAAUAUAACUAUUCAAUAUUGUUCAUCAUUUUCUCGUCAUGCUUUACAAGCUCUUGAAAUAUCACGCGUAACACAAGCAUGUGUAUCAGUUGAUUAUACAAGACAUAUUGUUCAUCGAGAAGAUCAAUGGACUAUUGGAAUUUCAAGUUUAUUAUCUGAUGCUCUUGAUAUUGCUCCAUUUAAAGAUGUUUUUUGGUCGACUACAAAUGAACCUGGUUCAGCUUAUAAACCAUCACCUAUGGAACCACUUCCUGAACGAGAAAUAGUUAUAGCUAUUCUUUCAACUGGUCCUGUUAGUCCAGGUGAUGCAAUUAAUUAUACAGAUAGUAAACGUAUUAUGAAAUGUUGUCGACAAGAUGGAUUAAUUUUAAAACCUGAUCGACCAAUAACUAUGAUUGAUUUAUUAAUUUCAGAUUGGUCUCAAAAUAAUAGAAAUAAACAAGGAGAACUUUAUUCAACUCAAUCGACAAUAGAUGAACAAACAUUUUACAUCAUUUUUGCUUCAACUGCGCAACGAGAUUAUUUAAUAUAUCCUUUAUUGAUUGGAACUCAUUCAGGAGUUAUUUGGUCAUAUGAAAAUCCAUUGCAAUUAAUAAUAUUUGAUAAUAAUCAUCCACUUGAUGUUUCAGCUAAUAAAGAAAAAACUCAAACAACUAUUGUUUUAGAAGGUUCAGCAGCUGAGAUCGUGCAAUUAUUAGUCUAUCAUUCAGCAAUGAAUGUUCUCAAUCUAAAAUGUUUUCUUUCAUCUAUUACCGAUCAAGCACAAUUGAUUAUUACACCAUCAAGAGUUACUUGUUCUGGAGCGAAUGGAGAUAAUUAA